AUGGCCAUCUCCAUUGCAGACAGCUCUUGUAGCUCGCCCAGGUCAUCUCUGGGCUUUCUGUUGGACCCGGAAAAGCUCGAUCCGCCGCGUCCGAAGCAGAGCAUGUGGCAUCGCCUGGGCCUUCGGCGAUGGCUUGGCCGCGAUGACCGAGAUUUUUCCUCCUCUCGCUCGCCCGCGAGCAGCGAUACCUCCACCGCGUCGAACGACCGUUCCAAGCGUACCAAUUCUCCACCUCCUAAAUCCCACGAUAACCUCACGCGUCGGCUCUCGAGAAGGGUAGGCGUCGGGCUUCCCCGAUCCACCACCUUCAAGAGACAGCAGUCCGAGCAUCGAGAUCAGCUCGCACCCAUCAACACAGAACCUCGGCGUGCUGUAUCGGCCGACCGUCGAACGUUAAGCCUCCAGCGGACCAAGUCCCCACAGUCCGUCGUGGAUCCCAGAUUAUCCGCUCCGGAGGUUAACUGGCGCGAAGACCCGGAUCCAGACCAAACCAAGGUUGACGAACCCCCGGAGACGAAUGAGGAGAUCACCCAGGACAACGACGUCCGGUCGGAAUGGGACCACUACCCCGAGAUAACGGAUACUCCCGCGGAGUAUCCUGUUGAUUUCAUAGAAAUGGAGUUGGAGAAGCGAUGGAUUCUCAAUCUGAGCAUGCACUUUCGGGACCGCUCUGAGAGGGAAAAAUUUUUCGUCACCUACGCCGAAGCGCCUAACCGAUGGCGCCGCGUCACCAUUUCCUGCGAUUAUCGCGACGCCGAACCAGAUUCCCUCGAGCAGGACCUGAAGGAAUUACGGUAUCAGCGAGAUAAGUGCGCCCGGGUCUACGAGUCGAUCCGCGAGUCGCUUCUCGACAUCCAGUUUUACGAUACGGUCACCAACCUGAAGCUGGAAACCCGCGAUGGCCGCCUACAUGUCCAUGUCACCGAAGACGUCAACGAAAUCAUCCCUUACCCUCCUAUCUCGUCUAUCGGGCAUUUACCCGACGCCAGGCUCGUACCUGAACGCCGGCUACAUUUUGAGGCACAUUUGUCAGGCUUCGUCUACAACGUGCGGUUGGACGGUAGGUCAUUUAUUAAAAAGGAGAUCCCAGGUCCAGAUACUGUCGACGAGUUCCUAUACGAGAUCAACGCGCUUCAUGCACUCCAGGGCACACCAAAUGUGAUACAGGUAGAAGGCAUCGUGGUCGACGACCGACAAGAAGUCGUCAAGGGACUUCUGAUCAGCUUCGCUGAGAAGGGAGCUAUGGUGGAUAUUUUAUACGAAAACCGUGGGUUGCUUGCCUGGGAGCGUCGCGAGCGCUGGGCUCGACAGAUUGUACAUGGUCUAUGCGAAAUCCAUGAAGCUGGCUAUGUCCAAGGCGACUUUACUUUAUCCAACAUCGUGGUAGACGCCAAUGAUGACGCAAAGAUUAUCGAUAUCAACAGAAGAGGCUGCCCGGUGGGAUGGGAGCCUCCGGAGAUCGCGGACAAGAUCGAGAGCAACCAACGAAUAUCAAUGUACAUUGGCGUCAAGACAGACUUGUUUCAGCUGGGUAUGACGCUUUGGGCGUUGGCGAUGGAGGAGGACGAGCCCGAGCGGCAGCGUCGACCGUUUGUGCUGGACGAGGACCUCCCCAUUCCAGAGUAUUAUCGAAGGAUAGUCUCUUUCUGUCUCAGCCCGAUUCCUCGAAACCGGCUGUCAGCUAAAGAGUUGUUGAACUUCUUUCCUCUCGAGAUUGACCAUGCGCCAAGGAUGAGCACCGGGGUGGGACUACAUAAUGGGGCGCUCCCGCUAUAUGACUCCCGUGCGGCCUUCAUGUACCCGCGUGGAAGACAGAUGGGUGGCUUUGGUCAUAGCAAUAAUCACGUACCGCAACAGUUACCCCACGAUGAUAGCUUUGGAAGCAUUUCGUCGCCAGAAACGAUAGAUUCGGAUGGUGUCUUCUUUGACAGAGAGGAACAGGUACGGCACAUGGAGAUGAACGAUACAGUACCUACGCAAGUGAAUGGAAUACAAAAGGGUGACUCAAUGAUAUUUGACGAGCGAAGAUCCGUGGACGACGUGAUACCCGUGAGAGUCGAAGCCCCUACACAUCCCGAAGACGGCCGAGCAUUGAACACCAGCGAACCGCUACACUACGAGGAUGAGAUAAACGUGGAUGGUCGCGAUCAUCGUUAUCGGAAUUCCUUCACCGAACCUGUUGACGAAACUCCAAUCGAUAUCCAAGCGCAGGCCGAUGAAUUUUCCGUCCCUGGCCUCUGGGAGCCUGUUCAGGAUCAGUCCUUGGAAUUGUCUGACACGCAGGCCCCGGUCAAUGAAUACCCGGUAGAUUCGGCCAUCAAAGUUUGGCCUGUCUCAGAGCCAUCACGAUCAGUAACGUCACUUCAGCAGUCUUCCCUCCCGAUCAAUCCGGCGGCCGAGCCUUCAAUGCAGGAAAUAUACACUAGGGAUGAUAUGUCAAACCCCGACGUGGACCCUGAAUACCGCCACGAAACAAACUACCGUCAAGGCUUUUACCUGAGCGAGUCUAACUUACCCAUCAACCCAGCCAUCAAAUCUCCGGAAGAUCCAUUGCCACCUCUGGAUGUCCAAUCGGCCCCUGUCUAUCUUCUCGACGACAUUCAGGAUUCGACCCUUAACCUGCAUGAGUCUAAACUCCCCAUAAAUCCAGCCGCCGACUUGCCAGAAACCGACGUGCCAACUGACGAGCCAGCACAUUCACAAGCGGAAGACCUGUCUCCCCUGCCUGCUGAGACAACUCUGUCGUAUUCUCCACGAGUCACACAAGACCAGAGCGCUAACCUGAUCGAUUCUCAACUUCCCAUCAACCCAGCAACGAAGUCCUCGCAAGAUGACACUAUCAAAUCCGAACCGAACGCUGUAGCCGCUCUUGAUACCCAGCCAUCUACGAUUAGUCCUGGCAUCCAGGAUGAGGACCAGGCCGCCGCUCUUAUUGAUUCUCAGCUACCCAUCAAUCCCGCAAGUCAAUACCCGGAAGAAAUACCCCCGGUAGAGACGGCAUCCCCUAUCACCCAGCCUGCUGUGUCUCUGCAGGAAUCGGUCCAUGCCGAUGAACAAAAUUCCCUUCUGAUUGACUCUAGCCUGCCAAUCAACCCAGCGGUCAGGCUUUUGGACGAAGCUCUCGACCAUCAAACCAAUUACUUUCGCGCUACCCCUAUACUCGAACCUACCAUUGACCAAGACGACAUCCAGAACCAAGACCGAACCUCAAUUUUGAGCAAUUCCCACCUACCAAUCAACCCGGCUGUCAGGCACUAA